AUGGAGACAUCAACAGCUCUACUACUACUCUUGCUUUCCAUUGCCGCGUAUUUCCUGUGGUUCAUCUUCAUCUCGCGUUCGUUGAGGGGCCCACGCGUGUGGCCUUUAUUAGGUAGUCUGCCGGGGCUGAUUGAGAACUGCGACCGCAUGCACGAUUGGAUCGCCGAUAAUCUCCGCGCUUGUGGUGGCACGUACCAAACCUGCACUUGCCCUAUCCCUUUCCUGGCGCGAAAACAAGGUUUGGUCACUGUCACGUGUGAUCCCAAGAAUCUUGAGCACAUAUUAAAGACACGCUUCGACAAUUACCCAAAGGGCCCCACCUGGCAAGCUGCGUUCCAUGAUCUACUUGGCGAAGGCAUCUUUAACUCCGAUGGCGACACGUGGCUAUUUCAGAGGAAGACCGCCGCGCUUGAGUUCACCACCCGAACACUACGACAAGCCAUGGGUCGGUGGGUGAACCGAGCCAUCAAGCUCCGGUUCUGCCCAAUCCUUAAAACGGCCCAAGUGGAAUCGAAGACCGUGGAUCUUCAAGACCUACUCCUCCGAUUAACCUUCGAUAACAUAUGCGGACUAGCUUUCGGUAAGGACCCUCAGACCCUGUCACCCGGUCUACCCGAGAACCGGUUCGCAUCGGCAUUCGAUGGAGCCACCGAGGCCACCUUGCAGCGGUUCAUCUUGCCCCGAGUCAUAUGGAAGAUGAAGAAAUGGCUUCGGUUGGGCCAGGAAGUCAUCCUGAGCCAGAGUUUACAACACGUGGACAGGUACCUAUUCGAUGUCAUCGAGACACGUAAGCUGGAGCUGCAGCAGAAUCUCGGGACCGGAGGGAAGGGUAACCCACACGACGACCUGCUGUCCAGGUUCAUGAAGAAGAAAGAAUCCUACUCGGACACUUUUCUCCAACACGUGGCACUCAACUUCAUCCUAGCUGGACGAGACACAUCAUCAGUGGCACUGAGCUGGUUCUUCUGGUUGCUGACGAUGAACCCGAAAGUGGAGGAGAAGAUCUUGCGUGAGAUCUGCACGGUUCUGAUGGAGACACGUGGCGAUGACACGUCGAAGUGGUUGGAGGACCCGUUGGUGUUCGACGAGGUUGACCGGCUUGUUUACCUGAAAGCAGCGUUGUCGGAAACCCUCCGGUUGUACCCGUCGGUCCCCCAAGACUCGAAGCACGUGGUUAAAGACGACGUGUUACCGGACGGCACAUUCGUACCGGCUGGUUCGGCGAUCACUUACUCGAUAUACGCUGUGGGGAGAAUGGAGUGGACGUGGGGCGAAGACUGCAUGGAAUUCCGACCGGAGAGGUGGUUGUCGCCGGACGAGAAGAGUUACGAAGCGAAGGAUCAGUUCAAGUACGUGUCAUUCAAUGCGGGACCCAGGAUCUGUUUAGGGAAGGACUUGGCUUAUCUUCAAAUGAAGUCCAUCGCUUCCGCGGUGUUGCUCAGGCACCGGCUCACGUUAGCACCAGGGCACCGUGUAGAGCAGAAGAUGUCGUUAACUCUGUUCAUGAAGAAAGGGUUGAUGGUAAACGUGCACCAUAGGGAUCUCAUGGCGUUUACUUCUACUUCCUAGACUUUAUGUAAUUAGG